UCCGGGACACCUGCAGCGAAACAUUCUAUCGCUCUGGUUCUCGCCCCUUGGAGAGACCUCGCCCCCCCUCACCCCACCCCCAUUGCCCACUUUCCUGGAUGUGCUGGCCCCUCCGACCCCUCUAAAAUGUCCAAUAACCUACGGAGGGUCUUCCUGAAACCCGCAGAGGAAAAGUCAGGCAACGCCUCGAAGUGUGUUUCAGGCUGCAUGUACCAAGUAGUUCAGACGAUUGGCUCGGAUGGAAAAAAUCUUCUGCAAUUACUUCCAAUUCCUAAUUCUUCUGGAAAUCUUAUACCGCUAGUUCAAUCUUCAGUCAUGUCUGAUGCUUUGAAAGGGAAUACAGGAAGCCCAGUUCAAGUUACUUUUCAGACUCAGAUUUCCAGCUCUUCCACAAGUGCAUCAGUUCAAUUGCCCAUUUUUCAGCCAGCCAGUUCUUCAAACUAUUUUCUUACAAGAACAGUAGAUACAGCAGAAAAAGUUAGAGUUACUUCUGUGGGAACUGAAAAUUUUACCUCAUCAGUUUCUAAAGUUCAGAGUCAUGGUGUGAAAAUUGAUGGACUCACCAUGCAAACAUUUGCUGUUUCUCCCUCCUCAACACAAAACGAUUCACCUUAUAUUUUAGUAAAUACUCAGAGUCUUCCAAUGACUGUGAAGUCUCCAGUUUUGCCUUCUGGGCAUCAUUUACAGAUUCCAGCCCAUGCUGAAGUGAAAUCUGUACCAGCGUCUUCAUUGCCUCCUUCAGUUCAGCAAAAGAUACUUGCAACUGCAACCACAAGUACCUCAGGAACAGUUGAGGCCUCCCAAAUACCAACCGUUAUUUACGUAUCUCCUGUAAACACAGUGAAAAAUGUAGUUACCAAGAACUUUCAAAACAUUUAUCCAAAACCUGUUACAGAAAUAGCAAAGCCAGUGAUACUAAAUACCACACAAAUGCCAGUGAAUGUUGCUAAAGAGACACAAUUAAAAGGUGGUCAGCAUUCUCAAGCUGCUCCUGUGAAAUGGAUUUUUCAAGAAAAUCUACAGCCUUGCAGUCCAUCUCUUGUUCCUGUUAAGUCUUCAAAUAAUGUGGCUUCCAAGAUUUUAAAAACUUUUGUAGAUAGGAAAAGUUUGGGAGAUAAUACUAUAAAUAUGCCGGCAUUGAGCACUGUCAGUCCUAGUGGGACACAGUCCAAAAGUAUGCCUAUUAAAGAUAAUGCUUUGGUUAUGUUUAAUGGGAAAGUCUAUCUGUUGGCUAAAAAGGGGACAGAUGUUUUGCCAUCACAAAUUGACCAACAGAGUUCUGUUUCUCCUGAUAUUCCACCAAGAAAAGAUACAUCACAGAUAGUGAGUUCAAGCCCAGUCACAGAAAUAUCCAGAGAGGUUGUAAAUAUUGUUUUGGCUAAAAGUAAAUCUUACCAGAUGGAAACAAAAUCACUUUCAAAUACUCAGCCUGCUUCCAUGAUCAAUCUAAGGGCAGAGAAGAAUAAAAAAGUGGAGAAACCAUCUCUUUCUACCCCAAACCCACAUAAUAUGAAUCAACCCAUUAACUACUUAAAACAGAGUAAGAUUUUAUUCACAAAGCCAGACUUUCCAGAUGGAUUUAGUACAGUACAGAAUGCCCCCAGAAAAGGAAAUAUCAUCCAGAGCAUAGAGAAAAUAAGUUCCUCUGUUGAUGCAACAACUAUCACUUCACAACAGUGUGUUUUCAGAGACCAAGAACCAAAGAUCCAGAAUGAGAUGGCAUCAACAUUAGAAAAAGUUCCUCAAGAGAGGAAUGACAAGAACCAUUCCCAAGGAGGAAGCAAUAAGGUAUCACAUCUGAAGAAUGAUGCUGAAUUUAAAAAGAUAUUUGGUCUCACUAAAGAUUUGAGAGUGUGCCUUACUCGGAUUCCUGAUCACUUGGGCUCUGGAGAAGGUUUUGACUCCUUCAGCCGUUUGGUGAAGACCAAUACUUAUAAAGAGACGGAGUUUAUAGAGAAGGAGGAAAAGAAAAGACAGGGGUUUGAUAAGAAAAGAAAAGCAAAAACCGUUAAAAAGAUGGAUCACACAAAGAAGAGAAAAACCGAGAGUACUUAUAACACAGCUCUAAAUGGUGGAACUAAUGUCACCAAUUCCCAACUUGUCAGCAGUAUUUUACCAACUUCAGAUGUAUCACACCAUAACAUUCUCACAAGCCGCAACAAAACCAGAGAAGAAAAGAAAACUGAGGUUGAACACUGUACCCCUGAGAACCAGGAAAAAGGCACAUUGAGUUUGAAUGUAGCUUUUGAGCAAAGUCAUUCCUUUAAUAAAAGUUAUACUGAAGACAUUUUCCCCAUGACGCCACCAGAGUUAGAGGAAACCAUUCGAGAUGAAAAAAUAAGAAGACUUAAGCAAGUGCUGAGAGAGAAAGAAGCAGCUCUUGAAGAAAUGCGUAAGAAGAUGAACCAGAAAUAAUGAAAUGUUGCUCUUCUUAAAGACUGCAGUGAAAUAGCUGUCUUUUUUUCAUAUACUUUUGCAUUAAGUUAAUUAUAGAUGCAUUAAGGUGUUCUUUGCAUAUGAAACUUGUUUUUUCAUCAGUUGAUUGUUAAAUUUUAUUUAAGGACUACAAAAAAGGUUGAUUCACAUAUGAUUCUUGUGAAUAAUCUACAUGGGGUAUCUGAGUCUUUGUCUAGAUACCUUUUUUUGGAAGGAAAAAUUUUCUAUUUUUCUAUUAUUUUAAUUAGAAAUCCCCGAGUUUGAAUAUUUGUGCAGAGUUUUUGUUAUUGUAUGUUUGCAUCUUUAGUUGAACCACUCAGGUGUUUUUCCAACAGCAGACAAUUAUUAUAUACUAUUGAAAUAAUAUAAUCCAGGAGAGGAAAUUGGCUCUAAAUUUAGCUUUGCCAAUGGGCUUAUGUAUGUACUCAGUCUCUAUCCAUAAAAUGAUGUAAUUGUUGUAAUUUUUUUUCUAUUUCAUGGAAGAAAAUGUAUAAUAGCAGUAUUAUUUAAAUAUCCAAACAUUUCUCAAGAGUUGAGGGAUACUUGUUUUGUGGCUUUUACAAAGUAGUUUUAUAUAAACCAAAAUGGGUUUUAGAAUUCAGGUUAUAUAAUGUUUGCUUAAAGUGAUGCAUUAUUAUUCCUAGGCAAAUGCUUUUUCUUCCUUUUGUUGUUGUUUUUUUUAAUAUGUACAUAUUGAGAAGUAAAUCUGAACAAUGGCCACAUAUAAUACUUUUUAAAAUUGUAAAAUGUAGUUAUUCUUAAUGGAGGCAAACAUUUUUCCGUCUGGUUAUGUUUGAUUCGGAGAGGUUGGGAUUUGUGUUGUGGAUAGGGAUUAAUGGGAAGGAGGAAAAGUUUACCAAAAAAAGAUGAAUAAAUCCCUGGAAGUAAUGUCACAUACAACCUAUACGUACUGAAGGGAGUAGAACAAGUGCACACUGAUCAACUAAAUUCUGCCUUUUAGAUUUUUUGUAACAGUUUUAUUGAGAUACUUCAUUUACCAUAAAUUCACUUUUUAAAAGUGUACCGUUCGGUGGUUUUUAUUGUUUUCACAGAAUUGUGCAACCAUCAACAUGACCUAAUUUUAGGACAUUUUCAUCACUCCCUCCAAAAAACCUCAUACCUAAUAGUGGUUACCCCCCAAAUCCUCCUACCUCCAAUCCUAGACAACCACUAACACACUUUAUGGAUUUGCAUAUUGUGGAAAGUCAUAAGCAUAGUAUGAGUCAUUCAGUAUGUUUUCUUAUGGGAUUGGUUUCUUUCACUUAAAGUUUUCAAGGUUCAUCUGUGCUGUAGCAUGUAUUAGUAUUUAAUUCUUGUUUAAAUUGCUGAAUAAUAAUCUAUUAUAUGAAUAUA